UAUGGGUGCGUUCGAAAUCGAGGCGUCGGGUCCACAAUCCAGGACGCGAGCCCCUUUAUUUGACCUGUGAUAGCGCACUAUAAUGACGUCAUAUUUAGGGCGGUAGUGCGCGGAUUGCGACGAACCCUAACAACCCCGGUCUCUUUCUAUCUCCUCUAGAAACGACUAGGCGUUCGAUGAAAAGAAACCGAAAUGGAUCCGAACAAGCCACCGUACCUGCCGAGACCCCCUGGUGUUCCAGACGUUCCAGUGGCACGGGGUCGAGGGUUACACGCAGACGAAUCCUUAUUGGGACGAGCCAGAGGUUUGGGUGUAUCAGCAGACGAGCCCUCCGUCGGGCGAGCGCGUGGUCUGGCUGUAGUUUUAGAAAAACCCUGGGUAGGGCGAGCUCGAGGCCUGGCUCGAAUCGUAGACGAGCCCUCUGUAGGGCGAGCUCGUGGUUUGGCUGUAGUUUUAGAAGAACCCUGGGUAGGGCGAGCUCGGGGCCUGGCUCGAAUCGCAGACGAGCCCUCUGUCGGGCGAGCUCGUGGUUUGGCUCAAAUCGCAGACGAGCCCUCUGUAGGGCGAGCUCGUGGUUUGGCUGUAGCUUUAGAAGAACCCUGGGUAGCUCUGGCUGGGACAGGUAGAGGUCUGGCAUCCACCGCUUUAGACACCCCGUUGUUUCCUUAUGGCCGGGGAAGCCCAGGGUUAGGCAGUUACAAACCUCUUAGUGUUGCACAGGGAAUGGAGGAGGAGGAGGGUGGCAGGAUUGGCAGAGCCAGAGGGCUUCUUCACACGUCUCAGGAACCUGUGGUGGGAAAAGGAAGGAGCACGGCACUGUUUCUGAAAGAGUCUGAGCCUCUGGGUAAAAGCGAACAUGUGGACACAUCUGAGGUUAUUCCCUGCUUGCAGGAGGAAGAGCCACCCAAAGUUCAGGCUCAUGUUCCAGGUCCAGGGUCGUCCCUGCUGUCCAUGUUCAGAGGAAUGGGCAUCGAACAGGGAAGAACGUGGGGCAGAGGAGCCGCGACUUUGGGACGAGGCGCAGUAGGCGAACGCAAAGGCGUUCAGUCCGUCGUGCCUCCUGUUGUAUCUGCAGCUUUCGAAGCAGGAGACGCACACUACUACACUGGCGGUUUUGCAGGGAGAGGACUGAGCGGAGUCGGAAAAGCUGUCGGUUUUCCAGUGGGUCGAGGUUCCGGUGCUCCACUGAUCCCGAAAGAGAUCCCCGUGACCCCAGCAGUCCGCCCUCCGAAAGCAGAGCUGAAGAUGGAAGCGGGCGGCAAGCCGUUACAGAAAGUCGGAACGAUGGGGCAUCCGGUCUCCAUCGCCUCCAACUACGUGCCCAUCCGGUGCAGGAACGCAGCCGUGUUUCAGUAUCACGUCGUGUUCACGCCAAAUGUGGAGUCCAUCAGCAUGCGCUUCGGGAUGAUGAAAGAUCAUCGUUCAACUACAGGAGACAUAGUGGCCUUCGAUGGUUCCAUCCUUUAUCUGCCAAAACGCCUAGAGGAGGUCGUUCAUCUGAAAGCGGAGCGGAAAACCGACAAUCAGGAAAUCGAUAUUAAAAUCCAGAUGACGAAGAUCCUGCCUCCACACUCCGAUCUGUGUAUCCCGUUCUACAACGUGGUCCUGCGCAGAGUGAUGAAGAUUUUGGGGCUGAAUCUGAUAGGCCGGAAUCACUAUGAUCCCAGAAGUGCGGUUGUUCUCAGCAAGCACAGGCUGCAGGUGUGGCCAGGUUACUCCACCGCUAUAAAACACACGGAUGGAGGUUUGUACCUGGCCGUGGACAUUUCACACAAAGUGCUGAGAAACGAUUCAGUCCUGGACGUCAUGAACGAGAUCUACCAGCAGAGUCGAGAAAGCUUCAAAGACGAGUGCACCAAAGAGUUAAUCGGCUCCAUAGUCAUCACUCGCUACAACAACCGAACCUACCGCAUCGACGACAUCGAGUGGGACAAGUCACCCAAACACUCCUUCACCAUGGCGGACGGCUCCGAGACCACGUUCAUCGACUACUACAGAAAAAACUACGGCAUCACCGUGAAAGAACUGGAUCAGCCCUUGUUGGUCCAUCGGCCGAAGGAAAGGUCCAAACCCGGGGGAAAGCAGGUUAUAACGGGGGAGAUCCUGAUCCUGCCCGAGCUCUCCUUCAUGACUGGCAUCCCAGAGAAAAUGAAGAAAGACUUCAGGGCGAUGAAGGAUCUGACGAUGCACAUUAAUGUGAGCGUGGAGCAGCACACACACUCGCUAAAGCAGCUGCUACACAACAUCAGCACCAGUCAGGAGGCAGUGAAAGAACUGUCACGCUGGGGCCUCGAGAUCAGCUCCGAUAUACUGGUGACUCAGGGAAGAACUUUGCCCAUGGAGACCAUUUGUCUGCAGUCUGCCACUUUCGUCACGUCUCCGACGGUCGAUUGGUCGAGAGAGGUGGUCAGAGACUCGUCCAUCAGCUGUAUCCCUCUGGACCGCUGGGUGGUUUUUUACCCUCGUAGGGCUGCGGAUCAGGCAGAGGAGCUGGUGUCCACGUUCGGGAAGGUGGCCGGGCCGAUGGGGCUCAGGCUGGCCCGUCCGGUCUGCGUCGAGCUCCGUGACGAUCGCACCGAGACCUACAUAAAGACCAUCCAAUCCCAGCUGAGCAGCGAGCCCAACGUGCAGCUGGUGGUUUGCAUCGUGACCGGAAACAGAGACGACCUGUACAGCGCUAUUAAAAAGCUCUGCUGCGUUCAGAGUCCGUGUCCCUCGCAGGUGAUCAACGUCCGCACGAUCUCGCAGCCGCAGAAACUCCGCAGCAUCGCGCAGAAGAUCCUGCUGCAGAUGAACUGCAAACUGGGAGGAGAGCUUUGGACGGUCCACGUUCCUCUGAAACACUUAAUGGUGAUCGGCGUGGACGUCCAUCACGACACCAGCAAGAAAACCCAGUCCGUGAUGGGAUUUGUGGCGAGUCUGAACAGCCUGAUGACCAAGUGGUAUUCCAGAGUCACAUUCCAGAUGCCCAACGAGGAGAUCAUUAACGGCUUCCGAGUGUGCCUUCUGGCCGCCCUGCAGAAAUAUUACGAGGUGAACCACAGCUUCCCAGAGAAGAUCGUAAUCUACCGUGACGGAGUUUCAGACGGUCAGCUCAAGACGGUGGAGCUUUACGAGAUCCCGCAGAUCCUCAAAUGCUUCGAGACGUUUCCCAACUACGAGCCGAAGCUGGUCUUCAUCGUCGUGCAGAAGAGGAUCAACACGACCCUGUACGCAUUCGGAGGCAAUCGAUUCGGAACACCUCCACCAGGAACCGUGCUCGAUCACACCGUCACAAACGGAGAGUGGGUGGAUUUCUUCCUCAUGGCUCACUCGAUUCGUCAAGGCUGUGGCUUCCCUACGCACUACAUAUCCAUAUACAACACGGCAAACCUCACACCAGACCACCUCCAGAGGUUGACCUUUAAGAUGUGCCACUUGUACUGGAAUUGGCCCGGGACGAUCCGUGUGCCGGCCCCGUGCAAGUACGCGCACAAACUGGCCUACCUGUCGGCACAGUUCCUCCACUCCGAACCCGCCAUCCAGCUCUGCGACAAACUCUACUUCCUGUGAGGAUUUUCAUUACUUGUGUUGUUUUUGUUGUUGUUGGUUUUUUUUUUUGUUUUUUAGUUUUAAAGCUCUAAACAAGUUGUGUUCAUAUUAACAGUUUUCUUUUCAGAUAUGUUUGCGUUCAUGUUAUGCAGGUUUGAAAUAAAACCCUGAGUUUGCACCCUU